GAGAUCACUGAAGCACUCUGCCUGCCAUGGAACUCUCCAGUGAUGGCAUGACCGAGGGACUCAUUGCCAGGGCUCCUACUAUUCGCUUGCCUCCAAUUGGUGCUCCUGUCCACGAUUUCACCAGUGGAUGGACCCACUGGCCGCCUCCCUCGUGGCCGUCCACUACAGGCUUAUCACAACCUCUUCAGGCCAUGGCUGCACCGACCCCUUUCAUUACGACGACGCCACAGCCAGUGCCCGUGCCAGUGCCCGCGCCAAUGACCGCGCCGGCAACAGCAUCAGCAUCAGCGCAUGUACCCAUACAGAUUGAUCCUGCGCAGCCUCCACCAGCCGCCGGUGCAGAGAACGGUGACGCAGACUUUGACUCGGAUGACGAACUCUCUGGCAACGAGGGGGAGCGACCAGAGGUCGUCCUUUCCAGGACACAAAGCACUCAUGAGUGCAUCUGGACACCUUCCGUCCUGCCUUAUGUCGACUGCCCAAGCCCGAAGACCUUACCUCACUAUCUCACAUCCAACACGUUGGAAUAUCAACCAAAGUGCUUCAUCGACACAUCCGUUGCCCAGCGGCACUUUAAAGAUUUCAUGAUCAGCAGAGGUUUCAACUACUCUCCUCCAGCCACCAUCCAAGGGAAAGGGAAGGGCAUCGUUGUUGUCGUCGGCUGCCGCAACCCGGAGUCAGCUACAGCCCUUGAAAAAGGGGAUCUUGCUCGAGCCGUCGUGGAACACAAAAAGGGCAAGGCCCAUGCUGCCGCUGUUGCUGCCGCCGCCGACCCAUCAAAAGUUGCAGAUACCAUCGAGCUUAAGCUUCUGGCUGCGGGGUCCAGAGUGCACCCUAAGUGGAUGGGCAUCGAAAUCUACUGGCUCCCUGAAAUGGGCAAGCGCAACCACAAACUGCUGACCGCGGCAGAAAUGCUGCACUUUGUUCAGAAGGUUGUCAGUCUCAUCCCCGGCGGCAGACUCAAAGGUGCCUGGCGGGAGAUGUUGAAUGACGUCUCCCAGGCUCGAGCUAUUGCUUGUGUGGAAGUACCUCUUUCCUCUCGCUCCCUGAUCCUGGGGUGGAUAAAACCAAAAACCAAGCAGCGACAAGCCAAUAUGCAAGGUGGAUUACCCAGGGCGCCCCUCCUUCUGUGGGUUCUAAUAAGCCCAGACUCCAGAGUGAUGUACCUUUCUCUCAUUGUCCUGGUGGCCACUGCUUCUCCCGCCAAGCAAAGUCAGAAUCAGGUCUUCCUCCCCCUAUACGACAAGGGCGAUGUCACCCUUAUUGAUUGCCCAUCCGCAAAGAAUCUCCCCCAGUAUCUCGGGCGCAAUUGCCUCGACCUCGCCGCCCUGCUCUCGCCAACCUCGCCUGCCCCGGGUGUGUCCCUCCGAGUCAAAGGAGGCCGCCCUGCAGUCACGGUGGUCUGCAGCAACCCCACUCUGGCGUCCAAAAUCGAAGCAAGCGGUGACAUCAGCUUUGAGGACCAGGGCGACCAGGUCACGCUUCGGCACCACGCCUCUGGGCCUCGGCUCGAAGAGGACACAAUGGGUUUGGAGCUGUGUCUCCAAGAGGAUGCUGAUCGCAAGCACCCGUUCAGCCUGAACAAAGAUGACAUCCUUAAUGUUGUCGGCGGCGUCCUCCUGCGCAUCCCUGGCAGCAAGCUCCGUGGUGUCUGGAGGCAACACCUGAGGGUGAUGAUCAACAGCACGUUGCAGGACUCUCCUUGCGCCAAGAUUAAGGUCUGUGUUGACAUCCCCCAGACCAGCCCUGCCUUGGUGCCAGGCUGGCUCAAGCCCAAGACAGACAUGCCAAUUGUCAGGAUUGAUUAUCCAGGUCGACCCUACUUCUCUGCCCAGGAAGGAGUCACGCAGUCAAGGACUGCCCCAACCUCCGUCUUGUCGCACGAGAAGACUACCGCAGCUCCAACUCCCCGAGGCGAUGUGAGACCGCCACCGCAGUUCCCGCCACAGCGACAGCGGUUCACAAGAGCCGACGGAAUGCGAUUUGCGAAUCUGGCAGGUCGCGUGCGUAGUGCCUGCCUGCGCAAUGACUGA